AUGAUGCAGACAAGUAAUUCUGGAUUUGCCGCAUAUGUUGCUGGCCAAGUUGUCCAGUCCCUAAGCUGGGAGGAUGUGGAGUGGCUUCUGACAAUCACCAAACUUCCAAUUUUAUUGAAGGGUGUGAUGACUGCCGAGGAUACAAAACUAGGUAUACAAGCAGGAGCAGGUGGAAUUAUUGUUUCUAACCAUGGAGCUCGCCAAAUGGAUUAUGUCCCUGCUACUAUUAGUUGUUUGGAAGAGGUUGUAAGAGCUGCAGAAGGACAAGUUCCCGUGUUUCUGGAUGGUGGUAUCCGUCGUGGGACUGAUGUUUUCAAAGCAUUGGCAUUGGGGGCUUCUGGCAUCUUCAUCGGAAGGCCUGUUUUGUUCUCCUUGGCUGUUGAUGGUGAGGCUGGUGUAAGAAAGGUACUUCAAAUGCUCUGCGAUGAGUUUGAACUAACCAUGGCAUUAAGUGGAUGUCGUUCUCUAAGCAAGAUCACUCGUAACCACAUUAUCACUGAUUGGGAUGUUCCUCGCCCAUUUGCCAGAUUAUAAGAAUACUCAGAUAUCUCAGCAUGCAACUGAUUGUUCGGUCCCUUGGCUUCAGAGAUGAAUUUAAGUACAGAAUUUUCUAAUGACUACUAGAGAAGGUGGUUUUGUCGCCAAGGGGGGUUGUCAAGACUGAGAUUUAGGCUAUUUGUAGAAUAAAAAGAAAUGAAAACAGACCUCUACAGAAGUGAUGUUCUAAUAUGGUGGUAAGGUUAAAUAUUACCCGUUUGAACUUUCAUCUAGCCCAGAUGUUACAGUUUGGCUAGAUUCCUCACCUGUAGUCGUCGGUUUGACUUUAACCUUGGCUGGUCGUACAACUAGAUCUCCAUGAGGUGGAAACCCACGGCGAACUUCUUGAGUUAUAAUUGCUU